CUCACGGUCGUAGUAUUUUUUCUUCUACGCCUGAGAUUGAAUGACGUUGCAGUUCUUAUUCUUAUGAAUGAAGAAGGCUGGCCCUAACUCAACAAUAGUAUAGCCGUGUGUGCGUUGAGCUGGUGAUGGUGGUGCAUUCCAGACGCAGGAGCAUUGCUGCCCCAUGUCCUGACAGCCCGGCGUCGGCGAUCCUCGCGCGGCGGAGACAGAGAGGCGUGGGGGCGCUUGCGCGGGGCAUGUGAGCGCGCGGGCGCAGCCGCGGCAUGCCGGGCGGGCGCCGGGGGCUCGUGGCCCCGCAGAACACGUUCCUCGAGAACAUCAUCCGCCGCUCCUCCAGCCAGCCAGACAGCAGCUUUCUGCUGGCCAACGCGCAGAUCGUGGACUACCCCAUCGUGUACUGCAACGAGACCUUCUGCAAGAUGAGCGGUUACAACCGCGCGGAGGUGAUGCAGAAAUCUUGUCGCUGCGCGUGGAUGUACGGCGAGCUGACGGAGAAGGAGGCGGUGGAGCGCGUGGACCGCGCGCUCGACCACCACCUGGCGGAUCAGUUCGAGAUACUGCUCUAUAAGAAGAACCGAACCCCACUAUGGCUACUGGUGCACGUGGCGCCAAUCCGCAACGAGCGCGAGCUGGUGGUGCUGUUCCUCCUCACCUUCCGGGACAUCACGGCCCUCAAGCAGCCUAUCGACCAGGACGACCCCAAGGGAGCGGGGCUGUCAAAAUUCGCGAAGCUGGCGCGCUCCGUGACGCGCUCGCGCUCCGUGCUGGUGUCGGCGCUGCCGGCGCUCAAGGAGCCGCAACGGCAGAGCCACCUCGCGCAUGUCAGUACACAACCCCACCAUGUGAUGUCGCUGUCCGGCGACGUGCUACCGCAGUACCGGCAGGAGGCGCCCAAAACCCCUCCGCACAUCCUGUUGCACUACUGCGCCUUCAAGGCUAUCUGGGACUGGAUCAUCCUCUGCCUAACCUUCUACACCGCAAUCAUGGUCCCAUACAACGUAGCCUUCAAGAACAAAACCUCCGAAGAUGUCUCCUUACUGGUUAUUGAUUCCAUCGUCGACGUGGUCUUCUUUAUCGACAUCGUGCUCAACUUCCAUACCACGUUCGUCGGCCCUGGCGGAGAGGUCGUCAGCGACCCCAAGGUCAUUCGCAAGAACUACUUCAAGUCGUGGUUCCUCAUCGACUUGCUGUCGUGCCUACCGUACGACGUGUUCAACGCGUUCGACCACGACGAGGACGGCAUCGGCAGCCUGUUCUCGGCGCUGAAGGUGGUGCGGCUGCUGCGGCUCGGGCGCGUAGUGCGCAAGCUGGACCGCUACCUGGAGUACGGCGCGGCCAUGCUGAUCCUGCUGCUGUGUUUCUACAUGCUGGUGGCGCACUGGCUGGCGUGCGUGUGGUACAGCAUCGGGCGCUCGGAUGCCGACUCGGGCCUGCAGUACUCGUGGUUGUGGAAGCUGGCCAACGUGACGCAAACGCCGUACUCCUACGUGUGGUCCAACGAGUCGGACGGGCCCGAGCUGGUGAACGGGCCCUCGCGCAAGACCAUGUACGUGACGGCGCUCUACUUCACCAUGACCUGCAUGACCUCCGUGGGCUUCGGCAACGUCGCCGCCGAGACCGAUAACGAGAAGAUCUUCACCAUCUGCAUGAUGAUUGUAGCAGGUGCCGGACUCUUCUGUUAUUAGCCGGAGCACUGUCCCGUCCCCGCGCGACCCCCGCGCAGCUCACUCUGUGACGGGCGCCGCGCCCUUCCCGCCCCUCUGCCUUCACCGCCACUCCAUCUUACAUAGAGCCGGACCAAGCUAACUCUGAACGGGCUUUGCAAUGACAAUGUGGAAGUGGCAUAUGACGUUUAUACUUCCACACUUUAUUAUGUCACAGUCGGUACAGAGGUAGCUUAACCGGACUCAUAAACAUUUCAAUAAUUUACUCGAUUAAUCACUUAUCUGUUUUUUGUGUUUCCGUAUAAUUUGUUUGUCGAUAUGUUAGCCGUUUUGUUUGUUUGUUUUCCAGUCGCACAAUAUGUGUGGUGUGUCGAGCACCGCUAGCAGCCGCGUCGCUCGGUGUACGUAUUUCAUUUCAUUUGUUUGUGUUGCUUUAAUGUCGUCGCGUCGUUUGUUUGUUUGAGUUGUUCCCGUGUGCCGUCCCCUCCCGUCCUUGUGCAGGCCCACGAAGCGUCUAACGCGUCACCUGUGUGGUCGGAGCGCCCGUGUGCCCUCGCCGCGCCCGCUCGAGCCUUAGCCGGAUCAAUACUAAGUAUACUGACCGACCCCCGUCGCCUCCAUCGCCCUUCGCUGGUACUUGACUAAACGGAGGAGGGCGAAACAUUAACAUUUUCUAAAUUAAAUUGCAUGCAUUUAGUUCUCGUAGCAAAUGUUCAUGCUUGUCGUUGUCUGUUUGAUCGAUGUAAGAGGACGGCGAUGGCGAGCGACCACUAACAACACCGGGGCACGGUCCGGCGACGGCGGGCACGGCGGCGGCGCGGCAGCGGACGCGAGGUAACGCGUCGGUCGCGGGCCGCGCGCGCCGCUCGCUCGCGGGCGGUGCGCGCGCGCCCUCCGCGGUCACAAGCGAGAGAGCAGGCACUGAGCCGAGG